AUGGGCGGCGGUGUAGCUAAGAUGCCGGCGGCAGGCCGGCUCUGGUUACUGCUAGGCGUGGUGUUAGCCUUUGGAGUUGCAGCUAGCCCGGCCCAGGCCUCCAGGAAUACUCACUACGACUUCGUUAUCAAGGAGACCAAGGUCACCCGGCUCUGCCAGGAGAAGACCAUCCUGGCCGUGAACGGGCAGUUCCCCGGGCCGACCAUCUACGCGCGCAAGGAUGACGUGGUGAUCGUGAACGUGUACAACCAGGGCAACAAGAACAUCACCCUCCACUGGCACGGCGUGGACCAGCCGCGGAACCCGUGGUCUGAUGGCCCGGAGUACAUCACGCAGUGCCCCAUCCAGCCUGGCGCCAACUUCACCUACAAGAUCAUCUUCACCGAGGAGGAGGGCACGCUGUGGUGGCACGCGCACAGCGACUUCGACCGCGCCACCGUGCACGGCGCCAUCGUCAUCCACCCCAAGCGAGGCUCCGUCUACCCCUACACAAAGCCGCACAAGGAGAUGCCCAUCAUCCUCGGCGAGUGGUGGAAUGCAGACGUGGAGCAAGUUCUCCUGGAGUCCCAGCGGACCGGCGGCGACGUCCAGGUUUCGGACGCAAACACCAUCAACGGCCAGCCCGGCGACUUCGCCCCGUGCUCCAAGAAUGACACCUUCAAGAUGUUGGUGGAGCAUGGCAAGACGUACCUACUCCGGAUCAUCAACGCGGGGCUCACCAACGAGAUGUUCUUCGCCAUCGCCGGGCACCGCCUCACGGUGGUCGGCACCGACGGCCGCUACCUCAAGCCGUUCACCGUCGACUACAUCAUGAUCUCCCCCGGACAGACCAUGAACAUGCUCCUCGAGGCUAACCGCGCCACCAACGGCUCAGGCGACAACAACCGCUACUACAUGGCCGCGAGCCCGUUCUUCACCAACAUCGGACUCCCGGUCAACGAUAAAAACACCACUGCCAUUCUGGAAUACACGGACACGCCGCCCUCAGCGGGGCCACCAGACUCCCCCGUCCUGCCGGUCAUCAACGACAUCGCCGCGGCAACGGCGUACACGGUGCAGCUCCGCUCCCUGGUCACCAAGGAGCACCCGAUCGACGUGCCAAUGGAGGUCGACGAGCACAUGCUCGUGACGAUCUCCGUCAACACGCUCCCCUGCGGGGCCAACGAGACGUGCACCGGCUUCGGCACCGGAAACACCCGCCUCGCGGCGAGCCUGAACAACGUCAGCUUUAUGAUGCCGACCGUCGACAUCCUCGACGCCUACUAUGACUCCAUCAGCGGCGUGUACGAGCCGAACUUCCCUAACAAACCGCCCUUCUUCUUCAACUUCACCGCCCCCGACCCGCCGGUGGAGUUCCAGCUCACGAAGCGGGGCACCAAGGUGAAGGUGGUGGAGUACGGCACCGUGGUGGAGGUGGUGUUCCAGGACACGGCCAUCCUCGGUGCCGAGAGCCACCCCAUGCACUUGCACGGUUUCAGCUUCUACGUGGUGGGCAGAGGCUUCGGUAACUUCGACAAGGACAAGGACCCGGCCACGUACAACCUGGUCGACCCGCCGUACCAGAACACCGUCUCCGUGCCUACGGGCGGCUGGGCUGCAAUGCGCUUCCGCGCGGCAAAUCCUGGUGUGUGGUUUAUGCAUUGCCACUUCGAUCGUCACACGGUGUGGGGCAUGGACACCGUGUUCAUUGUGAAAAAUGGCAAGACCCCAGGCGCUCAAAUGAUGCCACGUCCUCCUAACAUGCCAAAGUGCUAA